CUCUGUUGCCAGGGAAGAGCGAGCGCGAUGGAGGGGGUGGUCGCAUUGUCUGUCGGGACGGUGACGGUGUGUGAAUUUCUGCCAGAAACGCUCGCUGAUCCCCAUUAAGGCUUGUUAGAGUAUGAAGUAGACCUGUACUGGAGAUAGAUUCGCAAGCGUUAGUGUUAGCGAGUCUCCUUUUUUCUUCCAUCCUUCGUUUAGUUUCUAAAACGGUAAGACGAACCGACCGUAACUAGCUAGAGCAAGUGCUUGUUGCAUUCAGCCGGCGAGAGGAGGCGCGGAGUGGCGGACCGGGCGAAGAGGCGCAAAGGCGCUUGAUCGCGGAUCAGGGUCGAGAGUUGCCGGCCGGGGCAGAGCCAAAGGCGGUUGAUGACUUCGGAGAGUAGCAGCCAAGCGCAACAGAAGAAGGUCGAGCCGGGAUCAGUCGCCCGUGAUCAAGAGGAGAAAACCGACGAGGACCAAGGCGGCAUGGUGACCACCAAGGGGGCCGGUCUGAAUCCCAAUGCUAAAGUGUGGCAGGAAGUGUCUGCACCAACCACCCAGACUCCAGAGGCAGCCACAGAGACAUGCCAUUGGCCACAAGCAGCAGAUACUGUCUCCAACGAGGAGUCAGAAGGUUUCAAGGAGUAUGGUGUUGGCUAUGGCGACUCUGAGUCAGCCCCUCCUAUGGAGUACAGCAUGUUGAAUGGCAUGGAGUCUGCAGAACUGGCUUACCCACUCUACGAACCAGUGGAGGGUGAGGCGGUCGAGGAGCAGCCUCCGUUGUCUGAAGAGAGUCUGAAGGAAUCACUGAAGAAGCAGUUGGAAUUUUGCUUCUCAAGAGAGAAUCUCUCCAAGGACCUUUAUCUGAUGUCUCAGAUGGACAGUGAUCAGUUUGUCCCUAUUUGGACCAUUGCAAGCAUGGAGGGGGUUAAACUGCUGACUACUGAUAUGGACCUGAUACUUGAGGUGCUACGAGCCUCUCCCGUUGUGCAAGUGGAUGAAAAGGGGGAGAAGGUACGGCCAAACCACAAGCGAUGCAUCAUCAUCCUCAGAGAGGUUCCUGAGACCACACCUGUAGAGGAGGUGGAGGCCCUGUUUAAAAGUGAGAAGUGUCCACCGGUUAUCAGUGUGGAGUUUGCACACAAUAGCAACUGGUACAUCACUUUCCAGUCUGACACUGAUGCUCAGCAGGCCUACAGAUACUUGCGUGAGGAAGUCAAAACCUUUCAGGGCAAACCAAUUAUGGCUCGCAUCAAGGCCAUAAACACGUUCUUUGCUAAGAACGGUUAUGGGGCGGUGGACUCUGGGGUUUACUCCACUCCAUCACAGUACUCGUCUCCAGUUUACCUGCAGCAGGUGUACCAGCCUCCACAGCAGUACCCUCUCUAUAGCCUCCUGCCACAGACUUGGACCCCCUCACCCACCCCUUACUUUGAAACGCCCCUGGCUCCAUUUCCAAACACAACAUUUGUUAAUGGCUUUGGCCCAGCAGGAAACUACAAAACUGGCUCCCCUCCAAUCAGCCUUACACGCAACUACCCCCGCAACCGACUUCCACUUUAUUCCAGAAAGAAUGUAAUCAAUGCCUUCAGGAAUCAUGUAAAGCCACAACCUCAUGCUGACGUGGGUCAGCUGACAGAGACAUUGUCUGGCACUUGUAGUCCCCAGCCUCUGUCCACUUCUACUUCAGACUCCACUGCCUCCACGCUCACCCCGCUCUCUGAGCUGCCCGGAGACCUUGGCAUCAUCAGUCGUGCCAGGAGGGGAAGCUAUCGUGGCAUGAGGAGGAGAAGAGAAGAUGAAAGAACGAGGCAGAAUCCUGAUUCAGAAGUGAAAGCUCCUCCCCCUAAGUUUGACCUCGCAAGCACUAACUUCCCGCCAUUGCCAGGAGGUGUGCCGAGUAGUCUCUCAGGUGUGACCGUGCAGACGGAGUCAGCGUUGGAAAAUCGCAUGGCAGAUGUAGUUAAGGGCAUCAGCAGGGACAAGGUAGAAACAAGCAAGAUAGAUGUCGGUCAAGAUCCCAGAACAUAUCCAGUGGAAGCUCAAUUGACCAAACCCUCCACUCCAGUGCCAAAGCUUCCUGCCACAAAACAGGACACACCUAGCACUAGUGUGUCACAUCAAGUGAAGAAACCUGAGAAAGAGGUUCAGGUCUCUGACACACCUCCAGAUGUUACAUCAGUGACUGCAAAGCAUGUCCAGCCCAUUUCUGCCCCCAAAUCUUUACUCAGCCAAUCAAGCACUUCAAACACUGCAUCUACACCACCUGACCCAACAAGCGCAACCGUCCAGGAGCCUCAAAAACUGAGCUAUGCAGAGGUGUGUCAAAGGCCACCCAAAGACCCUCCCCCUGCACCAGUAGCCCUGCCCAGCCCUAGUCCCACCCCUUCUCCCACCACAAGCCAACCACUACGUGAACUUCGUGUCAACAAAGCGGAAGGCCCAGACUCAUCUCGCAGCAGCCCCGGUGACAAAAUGGAAAAAGGAAGUGAUCGUCGGACAUCAAGAGAGCAGACUGUAUACCAACGUGGUAAUGCCCCCAGAGGGUCAGGUUUUAAGCUCAGAGAGCAACAGAGACGGGCUCUAAAUGGUCGACGCUCCUCUCCACAGACGGGGUACAACAGACGCAGUGGAAAAGAACAAAACAUCCCACCUAGAUCGCCAAAUUAAUGCCUCGUAUGCCCACAACAUGUGCACACUUGCGUGUAUACUUAGAUACACAACUUAUAUAUAAAAAAAGACUAUAUAUAUAUCUACAUAUAAAAACUGGACUGUCGCACUGGUGUCGAAGAACUCUCUGCUUCCCAAUUGUCUGCGAAAUCUGGGAUGUUGAUCCUUAAAAAUAUAAAGAAAACUAGGAAUUUAAGGAAGACAAAACAA